AUGCAACAGGACGGUGCCAAAGUGACCGCCAAACAGCGAGGCCGACGCAAAGUCGUUUCUGAUGAUGACGACGAUGAUGGCGACGAAGAAGUUGGAACCAUCUCCAAGAAACCUACCACUCCCAAGCCAAAGAAAUCGGCCAGAGAACCGGUGGAAGAGGAGACAACCAGCUCAGCCUAUUUUGCUGCCACAAAAACAAAGCCUAUGAAGUCUACUCCAGUGCGAACCAAGACUGCCGCUACAAACGGUGCAGGAAAGACUCCCACGAAAGGAAGCAAUGGCGACACUCCCUCAACCGGCAGGAGGUCCUCUAGAAAGACCAGCAGAAAGAAUUAUGCCGAACAGGACGAGGAUGAGGACUCCAGCACGGUGGUGAAGGAUGACCGUGACGGCAACGAUGACAUUUUCAGUGAUUUGAAGAGCAGGAAAGUUGACGACGAUUACGAGGAAGGCACAGAUGAUGACGAUCUGAAAACACAAAAGAAGGUCGACAAGGCUGUCAAUGGCCACUUCAAAAAGCCUCAAAGUGCUGAUCAUGAUGAUGAUGACGAUGAGGAUAUUGAAAUGGUACAGAUUCCCGGAUACGAUGGAGCUGGUGAUGCGAGAGGCAAGAAAACACCAGCCAAACCCGCUUCUAGUCGCAAACGGAAGUCGAAAGAUCUUGAAGACGAGGAUGAGGACGAUUUGGACGAUGAUAAUGACACUCCAAAAAAGAAACCGAGGAAUGCAACGUCGGCAGCCGCCAGGAAGCCCCGCACGACAACCAAAAAGGAGGAGAAGGAGGAAAGCAAGGAGAUACAAAACAUUCUCGACAGUAUUCCUACUGUGAGAGCACCGACUCCACCACCAAGAGAUGAAAAGAAGAAGUUUACAUACGGCGGAGGCAAUGCCAAUGUGGCUCCACCCGCAGCUGGUUCUGCUGACAUCCCAGUAGGCGCAGAAAAUUGUCUUGCCGGGCUGACUUUCGUCUUCACUGGGGUGUUGAAUUCGCUUGAGCGCUCAGAGGGACAAAACCUCGUGAAACAGUACGGCGGUAAGGUGACGGGCGCCCCAUCGAAGCGGACUAGCUACGUCGUCAUUGGUUCUGAUGCGGGCCCGAAAAAGCUCGAAACGAUCCGACAGCUGGGCAUCAAGACCAUCAACGAAGAGGGUCUUUUCGCACUCAUUCGACAACUUCCUGCGAAUGGAGGCGAUGGGAAGGCUGCCGAAGCCUAUGCUGAGAAACAGGCCCAGGAAGAGGAGAAAAUCCGCCAACAGGCGGAAGCUGAGGAACAGCGCGAGCGUGAGAGACAAAAAGAGGCUGCGAAAGUUGCAAAAGCUGCCGCGGCCCGAACUGGUGCUCCAACUCCCUCCACCAAGCCAAAGGGCCCCAGAGUGGAGGACAGACUGUGGGUAGACAAAUAUGCUCCAGACACAAUGGGUGCUGUCUGCGGAAACAAGGGUCAAGUCGAGGGCUUGCAGAGAUGGCUUCGUAAUUGGCCGAAAGCCGCAAAAUCAGACUUCAAGAAGGCGGGUGCGGAUGGAAAGGGCAUCUUUCGCGCAGCCUUGCUCCAUGGUCCCCCAGGCGUUGGUAAAACCACAGCUGCGCACCUUGUUGCGAAGCUUGAAGGUUACGAUGUUGUCGAGAGCAAUGCAAGCGAAACCCGAAACAAGAAACUGCUUGAAACCGGCUUGACUGGCGUUCUGGAUACUACGUCUCUCCUCGGGUAUUUCGCCGGCGAUGGCAAGAAAGUCGAACAGUCGAAACGAAAGCUGCUCUUGAUCAUGGAUGAAGUGGAUGGCAUGUCAGCGGGAGAUCGUGGUGGGGUGGGUGCUUUGGCUUCUAUUGUCAAAAAGACCAACGUCCCCAUGAUCUUGAUUUGCAAUGAGCGGAAUCAGCCAAAGAUGAGGCCUCUCACGAACGUGACGGCAGAGUUUCAGUUCCGAAGACCAACCACGGAUAUGAUUCGAGGUCGGAUCGCCACGAUUCUAUUCCGCGAAGGCAUGAGAUUACCGCCACCCAUCAUCAAUGCCUUGAUCGAGGGGUGCAAUGGCGAUAUUCGCCAGAUCAUUAACAUGAUCUCAACCGUCAAACUCGACAACAAGGGUCUUGAUUUCAGUGAUACCAAGGCCAUGUCCAGGGCAUGGGAAAAGCAUGUCAUUUUGAAGCCGUGGGACAUUGUGAACAAGAUCCUCCGACCACAAAUGUUUGCUGCCAGUUCAACAGCGACAUUGAACGAUAAAACGGAAUUGUACUUCAAUGAUCACGAGAUGAGCUAUUUGAUGCUCCAGGAGAACUAUCUUAAGACGAAUCCCGCUCUUGCGGCUUCUUAUAGCCACAAAGAGCGAGAAAUGAAAUUAUUGGAGCUCGCAGACAACGCAGCUGCCAGCAUUUCCGACGGCGAUCUCGUUGAUCGAAUGAUCCACGGCUCCCAACAGCAAUGGAGUUUGAUGCCACUCCACGCCAUUUUCAGCUUUGUUCGGCCUGCGAGCUAUAUGUACGGGAUGCUAGGGGGACAAGCUGCAUUCCCUACUUGGUUUGGGCAGAAUAGCAAGCAGAUGAAACUAUCUCGCUUCGUCAAGGAGAUUCAGGGACAUAUGCGGCUUCGUACCGCUGCCGACCGUCAUGAGAUUCGUCAGCAGUAUCUUCCGGCGCUGUGGAGCAAGACAGUCGGCACGCUCAAGGAUGAUGGCAAGGAUGCUGUGCAAGGUGUCAUUGACUUCAUGGAUUCCUACUACCUGACCAAAGAAGAUUUUGAUUCCGUGCUGGAAUUGGGCGUUGGAGAGUACGAUAUGGAGAGCAUCAAGAUCGACACCGCUACCAAGGCAUCAUUUACCAGGUUAUACAACGCUCAAAGCCACCCUAUGCCAUUCGUCAAGGCGAGCCAUGUCUUGGGUAUCGCGAAGGCAGGAGCGAAGAGAGAAAAACCGGACUUGGAAGAGGCGGUGGAGGAGUCAGAGGCGGAAGAAGCCCUGGCGGAAACUGAGGCGGGCGACGAGGAAGACGAUGACUCGGACCUAAAGAAAGACAAGUACAUCAAAGCUCCAAAGAAGAAGUCUGCAGGUGCAUCUGCCGCUGGCGGCCCCAAUUCGAAGAGCAAAGGGAAGAGAAAGAAGGCUGGUGAGGCUGAUGAUAUCGAUGCUGAGAGCGACGACGAACCCAAGAAGAAGCGAGGUCCUGGUGGCGGAGCACGAGGUGGGAGGAAAGGUAAAGGGAGAGCGUGA